AUGAUUAAUAUCGCCGGCGUUGUCAGCAUCGUUCUGUUCUACAUCCUGAUCCUUGCGGUCGGGAUAUGGGCGGGCAGGAAAAAGGAGUCCGGAAAUGAUUCGGAGGAAGAAGUUAUGCUUGCCGGACGUUCAAUCGGCCUGUUUGUUGGCAUUUUCACCAUGACCGCUACAUGGGUCGGUGGUGGUUACAUUAACGGAACGGCGGAAGCAAUCUACACAUCCGGGCUAGUCUGGUGUCAGGCUCCAUUUGGUUAUGCGCUCAGCUUAGUAUUUGGUGGCAUCUUCUUCGCGAACCCAAUGCGAAAGCAAGGAUACAUCACGAUGCUGGAUCCGUUGCAGGAUAGCUUCGGCGAACGAAUGGGAGGUUUGCUCUUUCUGCCCGCACUGUGUGGAGAGGUGUUCUGGGCGGCAGGUAUCUUGGCCGCUCUUGGCGCCACCCUGUCGGUCAUCAUCGACAUGGAGCAGGAAACUUCGGUUAUCCUGUCGGCGUGCAUCGCCGUCUUCUACACCCUGUUCGGCGGGUUGUACUCCGUGGCGUACACGGACGUGAUACAGCUGUUCUGCAUCUUCAUCGGGCUGUGGAUGUGCAUCCCGUUUGCAUGGGCAAACGAUCACGUCAAGAGUCUGUCGUCGAUGGACGUUGACUGGAUCGGUGAGAUCGGCGAGGGUUACACAUGGUUCUAUCUGGACUACGGACUAUUGCUAAUAUUUGGCGGUAUUCCCUGGCAGGUAUAUUUCCAGCGUGUUCUUUCCAGCAAAACAGCUGGACGGGCUCAAAUCCUGUCCUACGUAGCAGCAUUCGGUUGCAUCCUGAUGGCCAUUCCACCCGUACUCAUUGGUGCCAUCGCAAAGGCAACACCCUGGAACGAGACAGACUAUAAGGGCCCGUGGCCACUAACGACCCAGGAAACGAGUAUGAUUCUGCCGAUGGUACUUCAGUACCUGACACCAGACUUUGUGUCAUUCUUCGGGCUCGGUGCCGUCUCAGCCGCCGUCAUGUCUUCGGCCGAUUCAUCGGUGCUGUCCGCUUCCUCAAUGUUUGCCCGCAACGUUUAUCGGUUGAUCUUCCGGCAGCGUGCCUCCGAGAUGGAAAUUAUCUGGGUCAUGCGUGUGUCAAUUUUGGUCGUCGGUGUACUGUCCACUAUUAUGGCCCUAACCAUACCUUCGAUUUAUGGGCUCUGGUCAAUGUGUUCCGACUUGGUGUACUGUAUUCUCUUCCCGCAGCUUCUGAUGGUGGUACAUUUCAAGCAUCAUUGUAAUACGUACGGUAGUUUGGCAGCGUACAUUAUUGCGUUCCUGGUGCGUCUGUCAGGGGGUGAAUCCAUGCUGGGUCUACCCGCUCUGAUCCACUAUCCGGGCUACAAUGAAGAAACUAGCACUCAGAUGUUCCCCUUCCGAACAAUGGCCAUGAUCAUGAGCCUGAUCACGCUGGUAGGCGUAUCCUGGUGGACAAAGUGGGUAUUUGAAACUGGACGAUUGGCACCACAUUACGACUAUUUCCGUUGCGUAGUGAAUAUCCCGGAAGAAUUGCACCGUGUCGGAGAGCCGUCGGACUCAGGCGAACAGCUCUCGGUGAUGGCUGGUGGUAUGACGCGCAUGUACGGUGCGGCUACCAUGGUCGGUAAGGAUGAGCGCAACGGACGAAUAAAUCCGGCCCUCGAACCGGACGACGAUCUGCCGGUGGCUGAGGCGCAACGACAGAUGCAACAAUCCGCUGGCGGAGGAAGCGGUGUCGCCGUUCCCGGUAGUGUCGUUCCCGGCACUGGGCCGGCUCAGGCCCAUACGGCCUUUUGA